CAACGCGCAUAGUGCGUCUCUUUAUUUCAGCGAAAGGAUAUGUACUUGUUUACCUUUUAAGUAAAGUAAGGAAAACUAAAAAAACAAAAUCAUCUGCUAUGUGGUGGCGUUUGUUAACCAUAUGCGUGUGCGCAGGUAUAGUAUCAGGAAGCAUUACUUCAGGAUCGCUUCUGGUAAAUAUAGAGCAAGGGCCUGUUCGAGGUUAUAAACCACCACAAGGAGGUCUUUAUGUAUUUUAUAAUAUACCUUAUGCAACAGCCCCUACGGGACUAGAGAAGUUCAGGCCACCUCUCCCUCCACCAACAUGGACUGAACCUUUUGAAGCAAUUAAAAAAAACAUCAAAAUGUGUCCACAAUUGACAUUUGGGGGCAUUCCGGAUGAUCGUAUAAUGCAAGAAGACUGUCUAAUAGCUAAUGUAUAUGUUCCUGAUGGGGAAGGAAAAAAUCUCCCCGUCGUAGUGUACUUUCAUGGAGGAGCGUACCAAUUCGGGCAUAGUUCAGAUUUAGAACCAACAAAUUUGGUCAGAAAUAGAAAUAUCAUAGCUGUCAACUUCAACUAUCGUCUUGGAGCACAUGGAUUUCUUUGUCUUGGUACCAAAGGAAUACCUGGUAAUGCUGGAAUGAAAGACCAAGUGGCCUUACUUCGAUGGGUGCAAAAAAAUAUUGCUCAGUUUGGGGGAAAUCCGAAUGAUGUUACUAUAGAUGGAUGGAGUGCAGGAGCUUCUGCGGCUGAUUUAGUGACACUUUCGAAGACGACAAGAGGAUUAUUUCACAAAGCUAUACUAGAAAGUGGUUCCAGUACCGCCUCAUUCAGUGUCCAAAUUGACCCACUGGCAAACGCAAAACGCAUUGCAAAGGCACUAAAAUUUCAUGAUGUUGAUAAUAUUGAGUUAUUGGAGAAAUUCUUCCUCAAAGCACCAUUAGAAUCGAUAUGGUCUGUAGAUGUGGUUAACAGUAGAAAUAGUUCCGUAAUAUUUUCUCCAUGUAUUGAACGAGAUUUAGGAGAAGAAAUGUUUCUUGAUGAUCAUCCAAUCAAAAUUUUGAAAAUUGGUGACCAUCCCAAAGUGCCUAUGUUAUAUGCAAUAGCUGAAAUGGAGGGUAUUUACCGAACUGGUCAUUUUGGAUUAUGGAAAGAUCAAAUGAAUGAAAGAUUUUCAGACUUUUUCCCAGAAGAUUUACAAUUUGUGGAUGAAGAUGAUAAAAAAGAGGUCGCGAGGGUAGUCAAACAAUUUUAUUUUGGCGAUGAACCUGUGAGCGAAAAAAAUGUCCUAUCGUAUGUAGAUUAUUUCACAGAUGUAAUGUUCGCAUUUGGCACAUCGAAGGCUGUACAAAUGCAAGUGGAAGCUGGUAAUGACCAAAUUUACCUAUGUAUAUAUGGUUUCACUGAUGAAACGGAUAAUUACAUUAUACAUACAAAUGUUCGUGGAGCUUCUCAUUGCGCUCAGACAGACGCGGUACUGGACCAAGGAGACGAAACUAAGCUUUCUGUAGAACGUCAAAAUAUGAAGGGCGUUAUGAGAGAUCUGUGGGGAAACUUUAUUGUGACAGGAAAACCUGUUCCUGAUGGUUCAGCACAUUAUCCAGCAUGGCCGCCAGUUGGUGUCAAUCGUGGACCUUACAUGUACCUGACCAGUAAUCUUGAAUUGAGACGCACAUUCAUCGGAGAUCGUGGGCGUUUCUGGGAUCAGAUUUAUAAAAAUCAUUUUAGGAUUCCAAUACCACCACGUCCUUAAUUCAAAAACUUCAUGAACUGCAAAAUUAAUGAUUGUAACGUUUUGUUUGUGAUUGUCUUGUUUUAAUUGUUACUUUAUUCAUCAUUAAUCAAUCAUUUGUUUUUA